GUUCGGAACACACUUAUCCCUGCGACCUGGCUCUGCUAGCGAUGGGGUUCACCGGACCUGACCAGGUGGUCGACCAAGGAGCUCUUCCACGCAAAGAAGGUUGCUUCGAUGCCGAAUACGGAAGUUACAUAGUUAACAGUGCGAGUCUGAGUGGAAUUGGCACGGAAGCUCCCGUGUUUGCCGCUGGGGACUGCAGGAGGGGAGCGAGCCUCAUAGUGACAGCUCUGGCUGAGGGAAGGGAUGUCGCUGCUGUGAUCGACAGCUUCUCAUCAAGGCUUCUCCUCUGUGUUACCGCGGUGUGUGCCUCUCUCGGCUAA